ACCCCGAGCCGAGCGACCCCCUCCCCUCGUUCCAUUCCGCCCUGGCUCGAUUCCUUCUGCGUUCUGCCCCCUCCAGCGCCUCCUCCUCUGUUCCUCUAUCCCUAACCCUAACCCAGGCGACGGCGCCGUUGCCCGCGGCUCUCCCUUCACCGACGGCGCCAUCUGGUCCGAGUCCUUGCUGGAGGAGCACGUGUACGUCGGGGAGGCAGCAAGGCCAGCACGCCGUCGGUCCGUCCUUCCCUGGUUCCUCACCGAGCGCCACGAAGAGGAAAAGAUAAUGGUGAAGGAGAAGGGGAAUGAGAAGGGAAAGGGUGCUGGUAAGGAGAAUGCGAAGGCGAAGGCAAAGGAGAAAAGCGUGAAUUAUCUAAUUAGGCAAGAUUCGGCGCUGCCUCCGCCGGUUCCGAGGAAGAAGAGGAAGCCUAAGGUGCAGAUUAGGAAGGCGAAAGACUUUCCCAAUGCCCCAACGGGAGAGUUGAUUUGUAGGUUAAAAAAACACCAUCCACCUCCGAGGCGUCUCCCCGACCGCACCGGUGCCGGCGUGCGUGCCGCGGAAGCCGCUGCCUCUACUAUUGUGGUAGAUGACGAGGAGAAGGGUGCUCAUGUUGACUUGAAUCUGGUGCCGAGGGAUGAGAAUGAAGAGGAUGAUGUUGAGAACAUCAAGUUACCCACUGUGGUGGAGGAGAUCAACGAUUGACAUUCAUCAUGUGGAUGUUGAUCUUGCUAUUUUGGAGAUGAAUGUCAAAGUGAUCUUUCUCAUGUGAAGGCUACUUUUACAUUUCUGUUAUGUUUGUCAUGAACUAUGAAUUGUCACUGCUAGCUUGGAGAUGAACCUCUCAUUUGUGUUAUGUUCAACUUGUCAAUUGCCAUGGACUUGGAAUUGUUAGAGCAAGUUUGUAAUCGUGUCGUUCAAUGAUGAUAAGACCUUAUGUUUGUGGAUGUGAUAUUGUGCUUAACCUGAUUUGUGCCAUCUUUCAUGUCAAAAUCAGUUUGUGGAUGUCCAAAAAACAAAGGAAAUGCUGUCCAAAUUUAGUUA